CGCUUACCUCUUUAUGGAAAGGGGGGCAUUUUUCACAUGUCAACGGAAGGAACCAAGAUCCUGGAAAGUUUAUCCCACUUCGCUUGUGACAUCAUCGUCGCGAUCAAUGCGCGUGUUUGGUUCCAACAUUUGAUUUCUUUCAAAGAUGCGCAAUUCAUUCAUUGACCCUGCAAUCGACAUUCCUUUCACCCGGUAAAAAAUACAACUUGAUAGACUGCCACCAGUGUGCGCAAUUGCAAUCGGAGAGUGAAGGGAUUCAAUCAAAAUGGAUAAUCCAAAAUCACAAAUUACAUCUCUGAUCCACACCCUCUGUUCCGGGGCUCCCUCCGCCCAGCAAAAAGCUCUACAAGAGUAUUUUACCCCAGACGCAUCGUUCUCGCAUCCGCUGUGCUCGGUACCUUCUUUCUCUUCUGUUCGACUGCCCGUGGUUGGAGAGGUCAAUAGUAGAUGGGUAUUGGGGUGUGUGUAUAAAUGGUAUAAGGUGUUGAGUCCAAGGGUUGUGGUGGGAGUGGAUGGAGUUGAUUAUAAUUCAGAAACGCAAAUCCUCUUUCUCCAACUCCAUCAACAAUUCCACCUCUUCUUCCUUCCAUAUUUCUAUCCAACAGUAUACCUAACCACGAUCCUUUAUCUCUCCCCCGUCAAAGAAUCUGCUGAAACCAGCGCCUCAGCAUCCAAAACCAAAUACCUUAUAAAGCACCAAGAAGACCUCUAUCAAUCCGCAGAACUCGUGAAGUUUUUUUGGCCGGGAGGAACACAAAUUAUUAGCCUUUGGAGAUUGAUUGCGACAUUGUUAUGUAUAGUAGGGGCGAUGAUAUUUGCACCGAUGACGUGGAUGGAGGAGUGGGGAUGGUUUGGAAAUGGGAUGGAUGUGAAGAGGGGCGAGAAAGAAGAUGGAAAGGAGCACGAGACAGGUGGUCGCGAGACUAAUGGGGUUAAUGGUUCGAGGAGAGAGAAGAGGAGGAAAACGAUUAGUGGGUCCGGGGGGAAGAAUAGAUAGGAUGAUUUGGUGAAGAUCAAAAUUGUAUAUUUUUCGGGAAGGAUUAAAUGUAAUUUUGGGAUACGUUCGGUUGGAUAGGGAUCUACUAUUAAUUUUACAAUAAGAAUAAUUUUGUUGCAUA